GCGUCGUCCAACGCUUUAUAACAAGCUUGUUCAGAAACAAAGAGAGCAUCGCACGGUGUUCCUCGCUCACCAACUCGCCAGUCUACUCCCAAGAGCAUCAAAGGCAUCACGUUCUUCAUCGUUCGACUCCUAUUGUUCAAGGCCAGGGGCUCCAGCAUGGGUAGCAAAAACGAGCCUGCGUUUGUCUUGUCCUCCGUGGCAGAUAUUUCGACUGUGGAGAAGCAUCUCCCCUCGCUCCGGGCCCUUCUUCAGCACUGCAUCAAUGAUGAGCCCGACAUCUCGUCCCUUGGGUUCCUGGCGCCGCUCGCCGACCAUACGGCAGACAGUUACUGGCUCGAGCUCAUGUCCACGGUGACGGGACCACACGCUACGACCACGCUGCUCAUAGCGACACCAACUGGAAGCGACAAGAUCGUUGCUACGGUGCAGUUGGCGAGGAUGCCAAAGGAAACACACACUUUCAAGGGUGAGGUUCGGAAGCUGAUGGUGCAUCCUGACUAUCGGCGGCAUGGGCUGGGGAAGUGCAUGAUGGACGAGGUGGAAAGGGUUGCGCGAGAAGAGUUUGCACUGGAGAUGCUGUUGUUGGAUACGUCCAAGGAGACGCCGGCGAGGGAGUUUUACUUGAAGACUGGAUGGACAGAAUGGGGGAUUUGCCCCAACUAUGCAAAGUCGUCGAGUGGAGUCAAGCACGACUGCUGUUUUUUUGUGAAAGACCUGGUGUAGUGUGAACAAAGUCUUUGUUGGGCGGACCAUGAGUUUGAACAGCAACGCGUUUAGUAUUGUUUGUCAAGGUAAUACAACUCGUCUAUUAGGCGUAAUGAUCUAUCCCCCUUUGUAGUAGUAUAUCAGUAUAUAUGAAUAGAGUGUAAGAUGC